AUGAAUGAAUCAGAACGAAGAACUGCGAUCAGUACAUCCCAGCUUGGACUUUAUUCAGAUCACAGUGAUCGAGAUAUUAGAAGCCGUUACAGUUCCACUACGAGAAAAUUCGCAAUAGGAGUUAUGGUGGUGGUUGCAGUGAUACUAAUCGGAAUAUUCCUAUACGAUUUCACGAACGCCACGACAUUACACAGUAAAGUUAACCAGGAAACGAAACACAAGUACAUAUUGCAAAAUGCCCUGAAGAAACCAACAAACGUCACGUUGAAGUUCUCCAAUUCUACUCACGUGUCGGAAGUGAAUAGGACGAAUCCUGUCUAUAUCCAGGAUCGGUCUGACCAUGAAAAUUCGGGCUACAUUCUAUCUCACGAGGACACAGAUCGUUUUAAAGAAUCCGAAGCUGAACAAAGGUCUCAGAAUCUGAACAACUUCAAAUUACGAAGGAGGGUUCUGAAGUCCGUGGACAAUAACGCUGAAGAGUCUCCUGCGGAAGGAAAACAGUUGUUUGACAACCAUGCUGUUGUUUACCGUUUGAGACAAAGGUACAAGUACCCAGGUGUAAGCGAAGAUGAAGAAAGCUCGGAGGAAAGUCGACCAACGCCUUUCCACUGGGAGCUAAAAACACCCCAACCAACUUCUUUCAAGCGAAUAAAAUAUCCCCAGCUCUCUCAGUACAGAUAUCCGCAUUCGUCCAGAAACAUUCAGGACAUCAUAAAAUACCUGACGCACGACGCGGAAGUGCCGAACAGGGGCAUUAAAUUCACGGGAGUUUAUGUGAAUCCGAAGAAGUAUGACAUGGUACCAGAUAUCGGGGAGAUGAUGGCCAACAGCGAUAGAUCUGAAGAGGAAGACAGCUACUCGAACGACGAUCCGUUUUAUCAAUACAAACCGAAACAUCCAGCGGAUGUCAAUCUCUUAGCAACGUCCAACGUCAGAUUCGCUCCAACUGGCUUGCACAGAUACAAUCCUUACUACGACUUAUAUGGCAAACCAAUAAAUUACAUGAAACAGCCCCCGUCAGCAGCGGAAUCUCAAUACGAACCUGUAAAUCCGUACGCUGCCAACUACGCGAAGAAACGGAAGCCAAAACCGUUCAGCGUGAUGCUGGACAUUUAUCCGAUCACCGACAUAAUGGAGCAGAACAAGAAGAAUUCGAGACCGAAACAAGUUGUCCCGGAUGAUUAUGACAUCAGACGGCCGAUUCAGUUGAACAGAGUGCCGAAGUUUUACGCCACGGCCCCGCAAUCAAUGGGAGGAUUGCCUAAUCAGGCAAUGAGUGAGGAAGAGGAGAGGCAACAGAUGAUAUUCCAUUUGAACUUGUACCCGAAGAAGAAGAAUAGAAUGAACAGACACGACAUAAUUCACCGGUCGGAAUCGAUGGCAGCGGAGGAACGACAACAGUUCGUGAACAAAGUCUGGUCACCUUUAGAGACGAUCGCGAAACACUUGGCGGUGGAACGGUCGAAAUUCAUGGAGGACGAUGAACCGACCAGUUUAGCCUCGACGCGUUAUCAGGAGACCGUUCUGGAUAACAAGAACGAGAGUAAACACGAGCAAAGGAACGACUCUUCGGGGACCAAUGGCGGCGAUUCGGAGGAAAUCGUCACGGUCCCGGCGAACCAUAAAUCGAGCGCCGAGGAGGACUACGCGAGCACGGAAAAAUACGAGUUCGAGGCAUUGAAACUGGUGGGUACCACCGAGGAAAAUGAGAAAGAGGAACGAAACACCACUCUGGCGCCGGAUGUGACAACGGUUGUUGAGACCAAGACCGUGGAGGUCUCGAAAGACGUCGAUACCGUGGAAGGAUUCAAACGAUUCAGCGACAGUGUCUCUAAAACUAAUUAA